GCUCGCUAUGUCUUAGAUCUUUCAUACAUUUUUAACUUUUACUCUCAUCGAUCGUUUUCAAAUGUUCAUCCUGAACAUGAAAACUCGUAAUCAGUUAACCAUCUAUCAUAGUUUCUCAGUUAGUUUCAUUUUCAAAUGCAUCAGAGUUCUCCUGAACAGAUCUAUUGGUCUAUUGCCUUAAAUUAGACGACAUUUCUGUUUUUUUCGUUCUCUCUUAUUAUAGUUUCCACAUCGUUUUAUAUUAAUACUGGUGAGAAAAAAUGUCAAGAAAGCCAUGUUGUGUGCGAGAAGGGCUGAAGAAAGGAGUAUGGACCAUCGAAGAAGACAAGAAACUCAUUUCUUACAUUCAUGAGCAUGGUGAAGGAGGGUGGCGUGACAUUCCCCAAAAAGCUGGACUAAAACGAUGUGGGAAAAGUUGUAGAUUGCGAUGGGCUAACUACUUGAAACCCGAUAUCAAGAGAGGAGAAUUUAGCUACGAGGAGGAGCAGAUUAUCAUCAUGCUUCACGCUUCUCGUGGCAACAAGUGGUCGGUCAUAGCGAAACAUUUGCCCAAAAGGACAGACAACGAGAUCAAGAACUAUUGGAACACAAAUCUCAAAAAACGCUUGAUCGAUCAGGGUAUCGAUCCCUUGACCCACAAGCCACUUGGCUCUACCCCUGAACCGGCCACGCCUAAGACUUCUGAUUUCCAAGAUGACUCAAACCCGAGUAACCUAGAUGAGCAAUCACACUCGGGUUCGAUGUCUCUAAAGUCUCUUCCUCUCUCUUCAAGCUCAUGCAAUUUACUAGAGAUAAGCAACCGUGAUGAGGUACCGAGAAACUAUGGUACCUUGAACUCCAAGAUAUCGAGUUAUACAUCAGAACUGUUAAACAAAGUUGCACCUAGGGCAGCUUCCAUGGGCAAUAUCAUAUCAGCGUCCAUGGAAGGAACCUUGAUCCCCUCUACAACACUGUCUCCUCCAUGUCUCAACGAUGGCCUUUCCGAGACUAGUCAUUUUCAGAUGGAUGAAUUUGACAUCGACGUGAACUUUGAUUUCAACAAUUCCGAACACGAUUUCUCGCAGUUUAUGGGGGAAUUUAGUAACAAUGCAGCCGAGGAAGCUGAUAACAUUAUAGGAUAUGAUCAAGAUCUCCUUUUGUCUGAUGUUUCAUCAACAAACGUUGAUGAAGACGGUAUGAUGCCAAACAUAACCAGUUGGUCCAAUUAUCUUCUUGAUGAUUCCGACUUUUCUUAUGAUACGAACCAAGAUUAGUCGACAGGAACUUCAUAGGUUCCGUUGGUUGCUUACGGUUUAAAUUCAUGGUUUAGCAAGCCCACGAAUAGGAUUUCGCCAUAUAUAGACUAUAUGUUUACUACAUAACCAAUAAGGAUUCUCUUAGUUAGAGAACCAUGUAAACUCGUGGAUCAGUUUGUAUUUGAUUUGCGGUAGAUGCGAGUUUUUUUUUUUUUUAAUAAAGCUUGUAUUUCUUAAAUAGCUUUGUAUAUGCGUAUUCUACAUAUUUUAAUAAAACAAUGUAUUGUAAUAUU